AUGGAUAAAUCCAGAAAAUUAAAAUUCCUUCGACAUACAGCGCUUAAUGAUAUUCAGUCGAUUUGUGAUUUAGGUAGUAGAGCAGUGUUAGACUCGACUUUAAGAUCUUUGUUUAAAAUUAGAUUUAGCGAACUAGAUGUGAUCAAGGAGGAAUUUUUAAAACAGCAUACAAGUAUUAUUAAUAAUGUUUUGUCGGUACCGGAUUCGGAUACGGGGGACGAAGAAAAAGUCCGAGAAUUAUUCUUGGACUUAUUCUACAAAAUAAAAGUUUUUAACGCGGAAUUCUUUGGGUCACCAUCUGAAAGUCCAGGUCCAGCGUCUUGUGCUUCAGGUGGAGCACAUCCAUCCCACAUUCGUCUGCCUAGGAUCGAUCUUCCUCGUUUUCAAGGAAAUUUCAUUAAUUUUGCAUCCUUUUUAGACCUUUACAAUUCGAUAGUGCAUAACAAUGCAGCCCUAGGAAACGUAGAAAAAUUCAAAUAUUUGAAAGGUUGUUUAGACGGGCCUCCGCUUAGUUUGAUUCGCAAUUUACCCAUAACUAACGAUAAUUACCAAGUGGUUUACGAUUUAAUCGUCAAACGGUACACAAAUGUUCGUCGUUGUGCGACCGCCCAUUGGGACGCGAUAAUGGGCGUUUAA